CGGCGCGUUCCUGCAUCUGGGAUUCAAACUGAGAAAGAAAACUCCUGCUGAAGCAACUGAGAUCCAUGUGACACUAUUAUGAAGAUGGCAUUUAUUAAAGAGGAGAGUGAAGACAUGAAGAUUGAAGAAACAUUCAGAGUCAAACAUGACGAUACUGAGGAACAAACAGACCUGAUGGCUCUGAAAGAGGAGAGUCAAGAACUCAGUGAAACAGAAGAGAAAGAUCAAAAUGACAAACAUGAUUUCAAAACUGAAGAAAAAUCAAUUGGUUGCUCACAGAAUAAAAAAACGUCCUCACCAGAAAUUAAUAAAAAAACACAAAGUACAAACCUUAAUUCUAACAUGAGAAUUCAUACCGGAGAGGGACCUUACAGCUGCCAACAGUGUGGGAAGAGUUUCUCACGAAAUGGAGAUCUUAACACUCACAUGAAAAUUCACAUUGAAAAGAAGCCGUUAAUAUGCCCUCAGUGUGGAAAGAGUUUUACAAAGAAAAAAAACCUUACUGUCCACAUGAAAACUCACACUGGAGAGAAGUCUUUUACCUGCCCUCAGUGUGAAAAGAGUUUUACAAAGAAAAAUAACCUUACUGUCCACAUGAGAGUUCACACUGGAGAGAAGCCUUUCAUCUGUAAAUUGUGUGGGAAUAGUUUUACACAGAAAAAAAACCUUACUGUCCACAUGAGAAUUCACACUGGAGAGAAGCCUUUCAUCUGCGAACUGUGUGGGAAGAGUUUCAUAUGUAAUGGAAAACUUCAGACUCACAUGAGAAGUCACUCUGGAGAGAAUGCAUUCCACUGUGAUCAAUGUGGAAAGAGUUUUACUCUGAAAUGUCAUCUUAAUAUCCACAUGAGAAAUCAUACUAGAGAGAAACCUUACAUCUGCAAACUGUGUGAGAAGAGUUUCUCACGAAAAGGAGUUCUUAAGACUCACAUGAAAAUUCACACCGAAAAGAAGCCAUUCAUAUGUCCUCAGUGUGGAAAGAGUUUCACGCUGAAAGGUACGCUUGAUGCCCACAUGAAAAUUCACACUGGAGAGAAACCUUUUACCUGCCCCCAAUGUGGAAUGAGAUUCACGUAUAAAGGAAACCUUAAGAUUCACAUGACAGUUCACACUGGAGAGAAACCUUACAAGUGUCUUCAGUGUGAGAAGAGUUUCACAUGUCAAAGCAACAUGAAACGUCAUUUGCAAACUCAUUCUGGGAAGAAACUGCUGUUUUCUUUAAUGCAAGAAGAGGUUUAGAGAAGGGAGCAAUUUCUAUAAUCAUCUGCACAUUCAUUUUGAAAGACAUUCAAUUGUAGUCAAAGUAGUAAAACAUUGUUUUUCAUCAAACUUACAGAUACAUGUGAACAAUCAUGCAAAUGUAAGACGCUGUGUUCUUUCUUCAAGAGUGUACUGAGAAAAAGCUGUGUGAAUAAAGUCUAUAUUCACACCGGA